UAAAUGAAUUUAAUGGUAACAUUUUUGUAUCCAAAACAGCUCAGUGAUUGUUUUUUUGGGGGAGGCAUCAAGGUCAAAGGUUUUCCUGGUGUUGAAGUUUGAGUCAAGUCAUGUCAUGAAUAUGGAAUGUUUAUUCUGUUCCAUAUAUUUUUUAUAUAUUUUCUUCUUUUUAUAAAGUCAACAUUAAGAAGGCAUUAAGAAUUCUAAAGCACUUGCUCUGCGUAUAAUUCUAUAAAGACAUGGUUAACAAAAUCAAUAAAACUACAAACAAACAACUUAGUAUACUAUACAGUUGGGGCCUAACUAACACCUUUGAUCUGGUUGAUGAAUUCUGUUGUGUGCCUGUCAGGUAGUCAGUCCUCGUUGUUUUGACAAAGUUACAUUCCAUUUUAACUAGAUUAGCAACUGGUCACAGAACCAAUAGCUUCAUAUUAUUGCAUUUUAGCUGCCGAUCAGAAAUCAAGAUGGCGACCUUCAAAACGACCACUUUUGCUGAAGCUCUUCGGAAAUACAUUUGGUUACAAACCAAGUACAAACUUACUAGGGAACCGCUGAGACCGUGCAACUGUGAACUGAUUGGCUGCGCUCAGUGAGAGUAUUUGAACGCACCUGUUAUUAUUAUUAUUUAAGUAAACUCAACUUCGUUACGUAGUUUAAACCAAACUGUGGAGGAGCUCGGUGGUUUUUAGCUUCUACGAUGGCUGAAUCCAGGAGAGUUCAGUUCACUACUCUGUCCAGUCUCACACCUUCACCCUCAGACCAGAGUAGCAAGUCUUCGUCACCGGUACGGUCGGUACCGUCAGUACCGUCACCACCGUCCCUUUCAGGUGUCGAGCGAGGCCAGCUAAACGGACCAGACCAGGCCGUUAACACCAACACCGUCCGCCUGCUGCUCACUUUAUUCGAGCCCGAUGAGCGAAGUUUCCCGGAGUUUAGCUACACUCAGCUCAUCGAUGGCAAGAUCAACUGUACAACUAACGGCUCACUAAGUAAGCUGGAGGAAGAAGAAGAAAAGGAGAAAGAUGAGGUGGCUGUGAUUGCCAGAAAACUGGAAGAAAAAUAUGGUUUAAAAGAAAGAAAGAAAAAGAAGGAUCGCAUUCAGGAUCUGAUAGAUAUUGGAUAUGGAUACGAUGAUGAGGAUUCCUUCAUCGACAACUCUGAAGCUUAUGAUGAAUUUGUCCCGGCCGCCAUCACUACGAAGUUUGGUGGAUUCUACAUAAAUUCAGGGAUGCUACAGUUUCGCCAGGCGUCUGACACAGAGAACGAGGAGGUCACAGCAGGAGAGAACACUCUCAGACUCUCAAAGAAACGUAAACACAAUCCUGGACUGGAGAAGCCAAAGAAGAAACAUUGCAGUUUAAAUGAAGAGACGAAAACACACAUGGAGUCAAAGAGCAGUGAAUCGUAUCAAUCUGGACUCGUGGAGAUAAAGCGAAAGAAGAAAAAAGGUCUUGGCACACUGAGCGUCACCAGUAUGCUGAAAAAGUUUCAAAGAGAGAAGCAGAAGGAACAACAGAAAACUGAGAGAGCCAAUCAGGUCGUGCCUGGAACUACAGGUGCAGCCACAAUCCCUCUGUCCCCAGCAGAUGCAGCAGGCGGCGGAGGCUGUGUGAUAAACGAUCCACUCCUUACUUUGAUUGGCUCGACCAAUGAGCAGGCUCUUAUCCAGGCAGCCAAUGCAAUGGAUCUUGACAUUGACCUGGUCUCCUUGUUGGAUGCCACUGAAAACAUUUUGUCGCCAAAAUCACUUCGUCAUGCCACCACAGAGACCCAGCUUUUUCAGAUGGAAACUGAUGAUCAGCGUGUUGCCAAAGCUCAGCCUCCGUCCCAAACUCAACCAGACCAGAAUCAGCUCCAGCCGGAGUCCAGUUCUUCGUCACCACAGCAGUUUGUGCCUCUGCCGGAAGGACUUACACCAGGAUUGGAAGACGCCAUCAGAAAACUCCGGGUGGCUGUCAAGUCUGCAGAGGGCGAAUCAAAGCUCAAGUUCUUCACACCACUGAUCAACUCUAUCCUGCUGGAGAUUGAGCUGCAGUGCAGAGAGCACUGCGCUCCACUGCGCUCCAAGUUGUACACACACCUGUCGUCAUUCCUGCCGUGCAGCAGAGAAACUCUCCUGAAGCGGGUGAAGAAACUGUUUAACACGCACAUGGAGGAGUCCCCUAACGUGGAGGAUCCUGUACAGAAACUCAGGGAGGCGAUCAGCAAAGCUCUGCCUGAACAGCUGGCUUCCUACCAAGCCAGCUGUGAAGCAUUUGAACAAGUUAAGGCUUCAAGGGCAAAAGAAGAAGGAUAUGAGGGGAGAGGGCCAAAGAAGGUGUUCGUGUGGGAUGAACAGACCCAAAAGUGCCUGUGUAACUUGUUAAGGCAAAGAAUGGACAAAUAUGACAAAGAAAAACACGGGAACCAGGAAGUGGAAGACUACCUCAGGACGCUGCUGGAGAGUGAGGUGAAACCUCUCUGGCCAAAAGGCUGGAUGCAAUCCAGAGCCUUGAUGCAGGAGUGCAGGAAGUUGUUGGGCUUAUUUGCUACACCUGCGAAGAAGGCCAGGCUAGAUAAGAAGCAGUCCUCCAUCACUAGUCAAUCUGAACGCCAGUCUCUAGAAAGUCGACUCUCCCAAGAACCAAAUAAAGUUUCCAAUCCUGCCCUGGAUGGUGUUGGAAAGGAAGUAUGGACUGGUCCUCCUCGAAACAUCAGGGAUGUUGAUAAAGGAGUGAUUUUUGUGGACAUUGAUUCACCGACGCCUGCUGCUCCAAACAAAGGUUUCACACCUGUUCCAGCUCAUUCCCUUCUGGAUCACCUCGCUGAACAGGCACUGGCUCGAGAUCCAUCUGUCCUGGUUCCUCAGGAGAUCCUCGCAGCAGCCAUCGCAAAAUACAAAUACUCCACUCUGGGCCACCACUGGGGUUUUGGCGUGAACACCAAGAGCCCGCCUCCGCCUCCUCAGUCCAGCCCCGUUGGUUUCCCAGUGAACAGAGUGUGUCACGUUGUUUUGACACAGCCUCUGCAGACCGGACACUACACCAAGACUUUGGACGUUGGACAGUCACAGAUCGUUUCUGACGAUUCUUGCAGGAGCAUUCAGUGACCGUCGCCAGUGUGGGUUCACCGAGGAUCCACAGAGGAGACCUGGACAUGUGACAGGCUCACAGUCAACAGCAGCUGUUUACUGUUACAGUCAGAUGAAUGAAAGCAUCAUUUUAAUGGCGUUAACACUUGGAUUACACUGUAACAAGUUGAUCAGUGGGGUGAAUUCUUCAGUUCAUGUUCAUUUCCUCAUUUUCAUUCCUUUAUUCUGACUUGUAGUGAAAGUAAUGUGAUCUGUGUUAAGUUAAUAAUAAAUAAUAAAUGGAUUAUCAA